AUGUCAGUCGCCCGAGAAUUCGAAACAGCGAACGGAAAAUAUGCCGCAUCUUUUACAAAGGGUGAUCUCCCUCUCCCACCCGCGCGCAAGGUCGCUAUAAUCGCCUGCAUGGACGCGCGACUCGAUCCCGCCCGUGCAUUAGGCCUCGAAGAAGGCGACGCCCACGUCAUCAGAAACGCAGGCGGACGGGUAUCUGACGCACUACGCAGUAUCGUCAUCUCGCAGCAGUUACUCGGGACGCGGGAGAUCAUCAUCGUGCACCAUACUGAUUGUGGAAUGCUUACUUUUACGGAUGAUGAUAUCCGGAAUAAGAUUCGAAACGAGCUUCAGCAAGACGCGGAUCAUAUUGCCUUUUUACCUUUUCAUAAUCUGAGGCAGAGUAUUUCGGAUGAUAUUCGGUUUUUGAAGGGGAGUUCGCUUGUUUUGGAUGUUCCUAUUACGGGGUUUAUAUAUGAGGUUGAGUCGGGUAAGGUUGUUAAAGUGGAAUAA